UGUCAGGUGAGAGCUGGCUCUGCAACUACCAGGAAUCAAACAACUUUAUUUGACUGACUGAAUCCAAGGGAAACUCCGUGUAUUAUGUGGAUAUACGUUCAUUUCUUUCCUUUUGUCGGAUCAGCUAUCUGUUUAAAAGCGACAAGUUUAGAAACAACAGGAGACGAGAGCUACGGAGGAGGAUUUCCAUGGUGAAGGCUGCCGACCUGCGGUAAAUCUGUUCAGACACCUGCGGAGACACAGCCGCUUUAUGCUCUCAUUUCAGUGGGAGAAGGCAGGAAAACAGGCAACGUUCCCAUUGCAGCGUAAUGGCAGGUCAAGCUGCUGCUGCCGCUGCCAGGCUGAUGGAGACCAACUAUGAACAUACACUCAGCCCUGCAGGAAACUGAUCCCUUCUCAUCCAACAGUCAGGCGACCGUCAGCGAUAAUGGAGCAAACCUCGACCAACUGGAGGGAGAAUACCUCCUCGGACAUUUCACCCGAACCGUCGUCCCUCUAGAGGCUUUAAACCCCCGAUAAACUGGCAUCUUCUCAUGCCUGGCUAACUGUUGAUGUGCUGACAAGAGUUUGCUGAAACCCCGCACCCAAAGGUGCAUUGAGGAGACGGGCAAACAGGCUGCAUUGUUUGUCAGCUGCGAGCGGGUUUGUCCGUCUGCGGUUACGUCUGUAAUCUCUAAUCAUGGGGAAGGAACUGGAUCUGCUGGUGGCGGUGAAGAAUGGAGAUCUACUGCAGGCUCACAAGCUCCUCGCCAAAGUCAAGUGCAACAAAACCAAGUUGCUGGGCUCCAACAAGAGGCUCAACAUCAACUACCAAGACGCCGAGGGCUUCUCGGCGCUGCACCACGCUGCUCUGAUGGGCACGACGGAGCUGCUGUCUCUGCUGCUGGAGGCCCAGGCCACCGUGGAUAUCAAGGAUAUCAAUGGCAUGCGCCCCCUCCACUACGCAGCCUGGCAGGGCAAGGCCGACUCCGCCUUGCUGCUGCUGCGAGCCGGCGCAUCAGUCAACUCCCCUUCACCUGACGGCCAGAUACCCUUACAUCUGUCUGCUCAGUACGGACACUACGAGGUGUCUGAGAUGUUGCUGCAGCAUCAGUCGAAUCCCUGUGUGAAGAACAAGGCCAAGAAGACCCCUCUGGAUUUGGCCUGCGAGUUCGGCAGACUGAAGGUGGCUCAGUUGCUGCUGAGCAGUAACAUGGUGACAGUGCUGCUAGAAGGAGAAGGGGGAGGCGACGGCUUGGACUCUCCCUCCACCACACCCCUCCACCUGGCCGCCAGGAACGGACACAAAGACAUCAUCACGCUGCUGCUCAAAGCCGGCAUCGACAUCAACAGGGCCACCAAGGCGGGCACUUCUCUGCACGAGGCUGCCCUCUACGGCAAGACGGAAGUAGUGCGGCUGCUGCUUGAUGCGGGCAUCAACGUAAACAUGCGCAACACCUACAACCAGACGGCUCUGGACAUCGUUAACCAGUUCACCACGUCCUCGGCCAGCAGGGAGAUCAAGCAGCUGCUCAGAGAGGCGUCAAGUUCUCUCCAAGUCAGAGCGGUGAAGGACUACUGGAACCUCCACGACCCCACCGCCCUCAACCUGCGGGCCGGAGAUAUUAUUAUGGUUCUGGAGCAGCACUCGGACGGCCGCUGGAAAGGCCACAUCCACGACACCCAGCGGGGGACGGACCGGGUGGGCUUCUUCCCUCCCUCGGUGGUGGAGGUCCUCAGCAGAAGAGCAGGGGGCACGCUCUCGCGCCAGGCCUCGCUGCCCUGCCAGCGGCCCCCCGCCGGGCCCAGAGCCCCUCGCUCAGGCCCCGCCCCCCACACCGACGACCCGUACAUCCUGGGCUACGACCCUGCAGGUGCUCCGCUGGGCAGUCAGCUGUCAGCCCCGCCUAGCCCCCCCCAGGACAUUUGGGUCCUCAGGAGCUCCCCCACUGGUGACCGGAGCAGCGUGGGCAGCACCGGGAGUGUGGGCAGCAGUCGCAGCGCCGGCAGCGGCCAGAGCUCGGAGAGCGGCCACCGACAGAACGGCGCUCACAAUCGCCAAAAUGCUGACACUGGCAAGAUGGCGCCCUCUGCUGGAGAAACAGGAGACCAAAGUAAACAUGCUGACGGAUCUGCAGGUGGUUCCCGUCGCCAAGCCAACAGCACUCCCCAGAGAGGCUUCGUCAGGCCAGACGAGCUCCUGGAGGGCAAGGACUCUGAAGCCAUCUACCAGUGGCUGCGCGAGUUCCAGCUGGAGCAGUACACCUCCAGCUUCAUCAAAGCCGGAUAUGACGUCCCCACCAUCAGCAGGAUGACGCCCGAGGACCUCACGGCCAUCGGAGUGACCAAACCGGGCCACAGGAAGAAGAUCUCCAUGGAGAUCUCCAAACUGAGCAUCCCCGAGUGGCUGCCAGAUUACAUUCCAUCGGACUUGGGGGAGUGGCUAAGCGUGAUCGGACUACCUCAGUACCAGAAGAGGCUGUGUGACAACGGCUACGACUCCAUCCCCAUCAUCAAAGACAUCACCUGGGAGGACCUGCAGGAGAUCGGCAUCACCAAGCUGGGCCACCAGAAGAAGCUGAUGUUGGCGGUGAAGCGACUCUGUGACCUCCAUCGCUCCCGUAACCACGGCGACAGAAACGGAGCGAAGACCCCCAGAGGGAAGCCCCCGGCCGCUCUGGAGCUGGUGGUCAUCGAGCACACGCCCACGCGCGGCGUUCAUCCCCUCGCUGAAGCGCAGCCCGACCCCUGCUGCCCCUCCCCCCGCACCCCCAGGGCCCUGCUCUCCUUCCAGGACAGCGACCUGAGCGCCGAGCUGCAGAGCGCCAUGAUGGGCAAGCUGGGAGGCGGGGCCUCCGAGGCCUUCGCCAUCAGGGGCGUGUCUUCGUCCGCGGUGCUCGCCGCCAUGUCCGUCAGCCAGGAGAGCAUCAGCAAGCGCUCGCGGGGCUCCGGUAACUCCGGGAACUCCGGGAAUUCAAAUCCGGGACAUUCCCAGGACCACCAAGCCGCCCCGUACUCGUCUAGGACGCCGCGGCGGUCCGAGGAGAGUCUGGGCAGCGGGGGAGGGGAGGAGGGGAAGCGGGGGAGAGGCAGUCCUGGCAGGGGUAAGAUGGAGCCGUGGGAGCACCCGGGUUGGUCUGGCACCCCGGGGACUCCCCCGCUGACCCCGAGCAGGAGCCCCCGCUUCGCCUACCCGGCCGUCCCAGCCAAGGCCAAACACGCCCCGUCUCCUCACCGCCUGUACCAGCCCCAGCAGGCCCCCGCCCCCCCAUCCCUGUCCCCCACGCACAAGGCCGUCCCCGGUCCUCCGCGGACGCUCUCCAAGCCCCUGCCCGGCGCCGUCCCGGUGCUGCGGCCGCCCCCGGCGCAGAUCCCGGCGAGGGAGGUGGAGCGGGCGGCCCAGAAGAAGCGCACGCAGAGCCUGACCCGCUACGCCCUGUCCGACGGCGAGCCCGACGAGGACGAGGACCCCGUCUUCCCCCGCGCCGCGGCGUCCUCCGCAGCCAUGCCGUCCUACGCCACCCUGUCGCGGAAGUCGGGGCGCCCCGGCGGAGCGCAGCGCCACGUCAACCGCAGCCACUCUUUCGCCGCCCGUUCCCGGCACAAAGGCCCGCCGCCGCCGCCGCCCAAGAGGAUGAGCUCGGUGAGCAGCAGCCCCACGCAUCAGCAGAGGGGCGGCGCGGAGGCGGAGGGAGGGGUGGAGACGGACUCCGCCGGCAGCGUGAGGAGCAUCGCGGCCAGGUUAGAGGGCGGCAGUGGCAGUAGCGGCGGCAGCGGCAGCAGCCCGUCCAGGAGGAUAGACAUACCGCCGACACACAUCCCCGUCACGCCUGUUUUCAGCCCGCUCUCCUCCCCGAUCGCGCACGGGUUCCCCGCCCACGUCGUCCCCGCCCACGUCGUCCUGCAGCAUCCCAGAGCGGCGCCAGUCUCAGGUCCGAGGAGAGCAGGAGGCGAGCAGCCGGAGAAGGACUCGGAGAGACACGAAGGUCCGACGGCGACGUCUGAGGAGAAGCAGAAAGCUCGGAGGAGCGAGAGAACCCCCAGGAGUUCUGGGGAGCACCUGCCCUUCGCCGAGGAGGGAAACCUCACCAUCAAGCAGCGACCCAGGGCCGGCGCCGUCACUCAGGCGGACGGCGACUCCAAGACCCCCUCAGAGGGGUCGGAGCAGAGCCCCGGCGGUCUGGAGCUCCCGGAGUUCAACCUGAAGGAGUCGGACACGGUGAAGAGGCGGCACCGACCCAAGGACAGGGAGGCCGGGACGCCCGAGGAAGCUCCCGCCCCCAACGAGAAGGUCAGGGACGGCGGCCAGGAGGAGCAGGAGCAGCACAGGCACGUCUUCAGGCGGUUCGGCUCGCUGGGGAAAGGCCCCAAGCCUCCGGUGUCCUCCAAACCUGCCAGUCCUCACAAGCAGCCCGCCGGCUCCACGCCCACCAGUCCGCAGACGUCCAUCCCCAGGCUCACCGGCGUGCAGAUCCACACCGUCUCCCCGACGUUUGGCGGCGGUAUUCACACCCGGACGUGCAUCCCGAGUCCUAAACCCGUGAAGCUCCCACCGACGCAGACGCCCAAGCCGGAGAGUCCUCAGAAAGCGGCGGCGCCUCGACUCCCUCAGCCCAGCACGGCCCCGGCAGGUAAAGGACCAAACCUCUGCGCGGUUCAGAGGAUCUCCUUCUCUUCUCCGUCUUCCCCGACGCCCUGCUCGCUGUCCUCGCCGCCGCCGGCUCAGGCGGGGAAAGCGGCGCCGACUCCGGCCGGCGUGGCCGGGCUGGAGGUCCUGGCCCAGAAGAGGCUGGAACAGACCAGCACGUCGCUGGAGGCCGCGCUCAAGGUGGUGGAGACCAGACUGGCUCACGGCAGCACCGUGGACAGCACCAGCUCGGUGAAGUCCGCCGGGAACAUUCUGGACGACAUCGGCAACAUGUUCGACGACCUGGCGGACCAGCUGGACGCCAUGUUGGAGUGACGUCCCGGCUUGGCUCAUGCAGAAGGACACGUGUGUGAUCAAGCGGUGGGAAACCGACAGUCAGGUGCUAGAAGACACCAGUUUAAUGCACCUUUGAGCUCGGCGCCUCCUCGGGACUCCACAUCAAUCAGUGAGAGCAUAUCUGACUUUGGGUUUCUUCCCAGCGUCUCAGUGAGGUCCAGCUUUUCAACGCGAGCACUUCACCUCAGGACAAACACCUGCGAGAGUUGUUGGAGCGACGUCAAAUAGCAGCUGCAGCUUCCAGAUGUCUGCUCGCUAUUUGAUCUCCAAAGGGAACAUUUAUUUUUUCUAAAUAAAUACAGAUCUGUGUAUGUGUGUAGUCCAUAUUUGACCAGAAUAUACUGAUUUACAGCUAUAUUUAUACUUCUAUAUGUUUGUUUUUUAACAAAUUGUGCUUCUGUUUAAGACAAUCUACUGUAUAUAAGCAUUACUGUGUUAAAAGUAUAUUUCUCCGCUUAUUUCCUGUAAUAUAGAAGAACACUGAUGUAUUAAAAGCACAAGAGCAAAGUAGACUCGACAUGUUUGUACCAAAGUCUUUUAUCCAGUUGGAUUUUUAGCAGGUUGAACUUGUGUCACCGGCGGUGAAACCCGCCGUGCAUCGUUGCUGCGGGCUGAGCUUGUUGUCUGGAGACGAUCCAGCCGCCUCAGGGAGCGUUGAAGUGAACUUCCAAAGAACAGGAAAUAACCUUUCCACUGCGUACACUUCAACAGCAGCCAGCGCAUUUCAGAGGAGUGUUUCUUCAAGAAACAUGUUGUUUUUUGUGUGUUUAAGUGUCUGAAUGCUUAAUGAUUGUGUACCUGCAGCGUCUGAAACGUGUCCAAAGUUUUAAGACUAUUUGAGGACUCGUGUAUGAAAGUCCACGGUAAAUAAGUUAUUUGAGAUUAAAAAGAAAACGUGGAAAGGAAACUUCCAAAUGAUGGUAUUAAUCACCGUCUUCCAAGAAAUUGAUACAUUUUUGAAUUAAUAAUAAAAUAUUUUAUAAAAAUAGUC